CCCGCCGGCCGCGACAUUCGAAAGUCGCUCGGCGGGCAGGGCUUCCUCUUCGUCCUCCGCCUCUUCCUCCUCCUCCUCGUCUUCUUCUCCCUGCUCCGCCGGGGGUCACGGCGGGCCUGUGACGAGCCGCGGCGCCGCUUCUCGGGGCAACGAUGGCAGAGUGGGAGUCCGCCGAAAUGUCCUUCAGUCUGAGCGGCGUGAGAGAGCGGAUGCGGGAGAAGAAAAAGGGUGCCUUGAGGACUGCGAAGCUGAACGCCUCGCUUGCAUCAAAAAUUAAAACGAAGAUCAUCAACAACUCCUCCAUUAUGAAAGUCUCCCUAAAGCAGAACAAUAAAGCAUUGGCUCUGGCCCUCAAUGCAGAAAAAGCCAAUGCACAGCGGCUCACCCAGGAGAAGACCAUCUUACAGAAGGAGGUGAAGCAGUGCCACUUCCAGAAUGCUGUGCUGAGGCACAGGCUCUCCUUCCUGAAUAAUACUUUGAAAAAAAUGGACAAUCUUAUGGCUGCAGUUAGGAUGGCGGAGCUGUCUGAGUUCCAGACAAAUUCUGCAUCCUUGUCCAGCGGCCGGAAGAGCAGCAUGACUGAAGAUAGCUGGGCUGAUGAUAUUGCAGAUGGUCAGCUUCUGAGGAUACCCAUGAGAGUGCCCAUUUCCAAGCUACAUGAUGCAGAGCAGCAAGCUGGCAGCUCCACAGCAGUACAAACAUCCUCAGGAGAACUUCAGAGACCUGCUUCUAACGCAGGAGAACUUCAGAGACUUGCUUCUAAUGAGCCCCUAAAAAUUGUGCCUAUUUCCUCCAAAGAUACUUUGCUACCACAGCACGAUGAGAAGCUUCAGUUCCACCAGGAAGAGAGUAGCAAGAAGGUGACUGAGGAGGCUUUUCAUGACUCACGCAUCUUUGGAGAGGUCUUGUGCACCACUGAACAAAAUCCCAACAAUUUGCCAGCACUUGCCUGGGAAACUCAUCCUCUUUCAUAUGAGGCUGAUGAGAUGGCAAAACAUUUCUAUCGUCUCUCACAAGGGCACGUUACUCAGAGGCGGAAGUGUUCCACCUCAUUUGCUACAAGCACACCAUCUUCUGCUCUGGAUAUGUUCCCACGUGUCAGUUCCACUCAGGCAGCUUGGGGUAGUACUGCACAGGACAACAGCAGCUCCAGCAAGAACAACACACAGCAACAGCUGAGAUCUCCCAGCCCCCUGGCUUCACCUGCUCAAACUGCUGUUAUUUCUCAUAGAAACUCUGUGGGUAAAGAGACCUUUUGUGAGCAGCCACAGACAAAAGAAAUGGAGUGUGGUGUUGAAAUGGACCCCAGCUAUAGCCAAGUCCCUGAGUUUGUUCCUGUAAAGGUUAAAAGCAAAGGUAACUGUAAAACUGGAGAGAAAAAGACUGUUAGAAAAGCAAGAACAGGAAAAGAGAAAACACCUGCAGUUAAAAACAAUGCAGAAAGUAAUCCUGGUAGACCUCAAGGUGAAGAGUGUGCUCAAAGUGCAAAGAAGCUUCUUCAGCCAAAAGUCACAACAUGUUCUAAUGAGACUGGAGUCUGUGAGAUGGGGCAGAGGACACAUGAGGGGGCUUUUGACAGGAAGAAUAGAGACUGUGGUGUGGAGCACCAUUCUCAUUCUCCUGCUGGAGCCCAAGACUUUGGAAGUACAUAUGAGGUGAAUCCAGUGCAGCUGCAGAGUCCUGAUAGUGUUGACUUGCUGCAAAAGGUUAAGAAGGUACCUAUGUUUGAGAUACAAAGUAUGGAGAGCUUGCUAAAACCCCCACUUUGUAUCUUCUCAAGUCAUGAAGUUCUCUCAGAUGAUUCCAGUCUACAAAACCCUACAAAAUUCUCAAGUGUAAGCAGAAAAAGCAUCAGACAGAAAGCCAACAGAAAAACUAGAGUAAUCAGGCAAAGAGAUGAUUCUGAUGAGGAAUAUGUGCCAAGCAAUGUGAUAAUACCAGAGGCCAAAGCUGAAGAACAGCCUAAAAGAAGCUUAAGAAGCAGGAAGAAUACUGUCAGGAAAAGCAAUAGUGAUGAGAGAAGUGAAGUUAAUGGUUUUAGGCCCUGGAUAGAUGUUCAAGAAGUAGCUAAUGACAGCACAAAGGAUUUGCCAGGUAAUCUUAAACAGCGCAGGGAAACUUACAUUGUGCAUCCUUUGGAUCUUGCAGGAAACUUGGAUUGUUUCCAGACAGAAGUUGAGGGUGGUGAAAAUGUUCCUCCCAGGUCUGUUCCUGGGAGCAAAGGGAGCAAAAUCCCCAGAGCUGCUAAGAGCAAUCAAAAGAGCAAUAUAAAACAGAUAGGGGGUCUUCAAGAAAAGGGGCAAGGUGAAGUUGACAACAACAUGAAUGCUUUGAAAAAAGAAGCCGCUUGCAAACCCAAGCCUCAGAGGAAGAGGAGCAACUCUCGACCUCCAGAUACUGAUUCUCUGGCUGAAAAAAGUGAUGGUGCUAAGGUUCUCAUUGGAAGUUCCACAGAACUUGCAUCCAAGCAAACUGUCCUGCUGGGGAAGUUUUCCUGCAUUACACACCUGCUGUCUGAGCCAGAUACUUUCAUGGAGGAGCAGCUACCUGAGAUAUCACUUGCAGAUAGUCUUACAGACUUCUCACACAGUCUUGAGUCCUCCCAUGUGAGCAGUUCUGCAGUUUUGCCUGUCAGCUCUAGACUUACAGAAGUAUCAGUUUCCAAGAGCUUAAGUACUGAGGGCAAGAGAAUGUCAGCAAAAUCCCCUGUUUGCUCGAAAAACUCCCUGAUAGUAAAAAAAAAGACUGCAGAGGAAAUACCUGGGGAAAGGAACCAAGUCCAGUCGAGUUCUUGGAGCACACCUUUGAAGGAACCUGAUAUCAGGCCACUACAGGACUUGAAAAAUUCCUGGGUUCUGUCUCCCUCCAGCUUGGAAGAAUCAUCAGGACGUCCAUCAAGGCGGAAACGGAAGCCAACCUGCUACAAAGAGCCACUGAUCAAUAGGAAACUGAGACAGGGUGACCCAUUUACAGACAGUGAGUUCCUCCACUCUCCUAUUUACAAAAGAAAAAAAAAGCCUGUCAAAGCCAAGGGAAUGACCAAGAAGAUGAAAGAGAACCAAGAAGGAACACCUGAAGAAUGUCUCGGUGCCAAGGCAAUGAAGUUCAUAACAACAGAAAGAAUAGUGGUUGAAAGGCAGCCCCCAAACUCUUAGAAGCUUGUUCCUUUAGCCACAAGGCUACAACUUCGAACGCAGUGGCAUGAGAAAAGAUGGAGGUGGCUGACAAGGCAGCUGAACUUUUCCAAUUAUGGCAACACAAGGACCAGUUUGACAAUUUGAGCCUUGUACUGUGGAUUUCUCCUGUUUUUAAAUCUUUGGGACUCAUGGGGUGGAGAAAGUGGUUGACACAAAUUGAUGGAGGUCUGUUUUAAUAAUGGGCAUGGCCCUUAAGUGCUUUAUGAUUAGCCCGUAGCUAUCUUCUGCUUCCUUCAUGUUCUCUCCUCCUGUCUGCCAUGUAAAGCUCCCUGCAGCAGAGGGUAAGCCCUAUACCAACCAACAUUAAGGAAUAUUUGAAACACAGGGUGCUUAGGACCAGACCCAAGCAUGUUUUGUCUCAAACAUUCUGAGUAUUGCUACAGGAAAGGUGCUCAGAGGAGAGGUUCCUGUGGGACAGAGCUGUUCAAAAACGUCUCCCCCAUCACUCCUUGACCUUGUUAAAAAUACCCCCUUCAGCCUUGUAGCCCCUUGAGGUACUGGAAAAUGCAGUAAGGUCUCCCUAGUAUCUUCUGUUUUCCAGGCUGAACAACCUCAAUGCUCUCAGCCUGUCUUCACAGGAGGGGUAUUUCAGUUCUCUGAUCAUCUUUGUGUCCCCCCCACUGGCUUUACUCUAACAGGUCCUUAUCCCUCUUAAACUGGAAAUCCCAGAGCUGAACAACAGUACUCCAGAUGGGUUCAGCUGUGUUUCAGGAAAUCCUGCACUCUUCCAUUGCAGACUGAACACCCACUGGCUUCAAGCACUUGCUUUUUUUAUGUCUACUGGUGUAACUUUGAAGGUUAUUGUUUCUAAAUGUUUGAGAGAAUGGUGGGGAAAAUUAGGGCUCAGACUGGUAGUGAAAGGGAAAGAAAUGUUUGGAAGCAGGAGAAGUGUUUCCUCUUUAUGGCAGAACAGGGAGAAGGCUGCUCUUUUCUUCUGACCAUACUGCUUCUCCUUAGCAUCUCAGCAACAUCCAUCAGUUCAUGGGGACAGGCUGGGUCUUGCUGUAUUCUCUGUACUCACAGGACUCCAGAAGAUGGAAACCUCAGUAGUAGAGGGAAAAUAAGCGUCAUCUGCAGUCAGGUAAAUGCUACUGCAGAGCUUACAUUUAAACUGUACUGUUACUAAACUAGGAAACAAAAAGCCUAAAAUUCAAAAAUGUUCUCUUAUUUAUUUGUUCAGUUUUCUGGAAGUUACCAAGCUUUCUCUGGUACUCUGUAACUCUGGAAACCAGGUAGGAGCUAAUAAAUAAUAGGGAAUUUUUAUAGGUGCCAUUGUAUUAGAACGUACCUGUGUUGACCCACUGAUGUCAAAAGCCAGACAGGAACAUAGAUCUCCAACUGUUAUUGUUUUCAUUGCCUCGGUGGGUCAGAAAUGGGACUUUUUCCAGCUGCACUUACAUGCUUGUGGUAAUAACAGAAUAGUAGAGUGUAUUCAUUCACAUUGAAGGUACAGAGAUAGCUGCGAGCAGAUAGCAUUACCAUUCAAACACAUGGUAAUACUAGCUCCUUUAGUCCAACACUGGUACCUCUAUCCUAAUCACCCCCUAUAGCAGUCAGCUGGAGAGGGAGAGUUUGUUCGUGUGGAACUAGUUUCUGUUUUGCUGAGUGAUGAUGUAUCAGUUUGUUUUACUCCCCAAAUAAAAGUUCAAUGCAAGUGGUA